AUGGAUUCAGGGCUUAUCGGGCGUUUAGCCCCGCGUUUGGGUAUCGCCGAGCCAAGUGUACUGAGGAAAGCAGAGGAGUUCUUGCGACUGUCCCAGGUGAAGUGUAUUGGCCUGUCUGCACAUACCACGGAAACCAGCAAUGCAGUCAUGUGCCUGGAUCUUGCAGCUUCCUGUGUGAAGUGCCCCUUGGACAGGGCUUAUUUAAUUAAGCUUUCUGGUUUGAACAAGAAGAUGUAUCAGAGCUGUCUUAAAUCUUUAGAGUGUUUACUGGGUCUGAAGUCAAAUACUGGAAUAAGAGACCUUGCUGUACAAUUUAGCUGUACUGAAGCAGUGAACAUGGCUUCAAAGAUAUUGCAAAGCUAUGAGUCCAGUCUUCCACAGACACAGCAAGUAGAUCUUGACUUAUCCAGGCCACUUUUCACCAGCGCUGCACUACUUUCAGCGUGCAAGAUUCUAAAGCUAAAAGUGGAUAAAAAUAAAAUGGUAGCCACAUCUGGUGUUAAAAAAGCCAUAUUUGAUCGACUGUGUAAGCAGUUAGAGAAGAUUGGACAACAGGUUGACAGUGAGCCUAGAGAUUUAGCUACUCCGCCACAGAAAAAAAGGAAGACAGUGGUUGAACCCACAGCAAAAGAAAUACAGAAAAUCAUAGAAGUUCCAUGUAAACUGCAAAAAGAUGAAGAUUUGACACAGGAUUAUGAAGAGUGGAAAAGGAAGAUUUUAGAAAAUGCUGCCAAAACACAAGAGGCUACCACAGAGGGAUUUUAG